CUCAUUCAAACCGCGGCAUCGCAUAGUGGACGCGGAGCAGCGUCGUCGUCGUCGUUUUCGGUAUUUCGCCGCGAGACUGACGUGAACGGAAGCGCGUAACUCUUUAACGCCACUUUUCGAAAGUUUUUCAUUCGGAACGGGAAUAUUAUACGAUGUAAAUGUGCCGAAUAUGGUGGUCGAAGGUUUUUUACCGAUCUAUGGAUAAUCGCUUAACGUUAAAAUUUACCAGGCGGGUCAUUUGCAGGAACGAAAAGAAAAAAUGUCGAUCGUCCGACCGAGCGCCGCUCGCAACUCCUGCGGAGUCUGCCUAAUACCGUGAACAUCAUCAGAUUGACGUACGAUCCGAUUCCCCAAAACAAGUGUUCGUGAUUAAUAUACGUGCUAAUGUAAUGCGAAAUACAAUAAACGCGACCGCCUGUGCGGCCCUGAUCAAUGACGUCGACUGGAUCGAUCCGAACGCACUCCUGAGAUUAUCCGUUUUGCUUCUCAUCAAUGUCAUGGUUAUCGUGGGAAAUUGCCUGGUAAUUGCGGCCGUAUGUUGUUCGUCAAAACUACAACUGGCUGUAACAAACAUCUUCAUCGCAUCCCUGGCCGUGGCGGAUUUAAUGGUCGGAGUUGCAGUCUUGCCGUUUUCUAGCGUAUGGGAAGUAUACAAGGUCUGGACUUUUGGGGAUUUGUGGUGCAAAGUUUGGUUAGCCGUUGACGUCUGGAUGUGUACGGCAUCGAUUUUAAAUCUGUGUGCCAUAUCUUUGGAUCGGUACGUAGCGGUUACCCGACCGAUAACAUACCCCAGUAUCAUGUCCAAAUCCAGGGCUAAGUUGCUGGUGGCUGGAUUGUGGGUACUCAGUUUCGUCAUUUGCUUUCCGCCGUUGGUCGGAUGGAAAGACUCGAAGCCCGACGAAAAUCUGGCCAACGUUACUCGCAUAGAAGACAAUCCACACUGUCCUUGGAACUGUGAAUUGAUAAAUGAAUCGGGAUACGUAGUAUACUCCGCCUUAGGUUCUUUUUACAUUCCCAUGUUCGUGAUGCUGUUCUUUUACUGGAGGAUAUACAAGGCAGCUGUCCGAACAACUCAAGCGAUUAAUCAGGGUUUCAAAAUUACUGGUUCGUCCGGUAAUAGAUUCGAACAACAACGCUUAACAUUGCGAAUCCACAGGGGUAGAGGGAGUUCGAACAGGGUUCCGCAUGGGUCUCCGAAUGGGAGCAGUUAUACGGCCACAACGACAAGUAGCGCAUCUCCUAGUCCCAGAGGGCGCCACGAAAGAGUUAAGAUUAGCGUCAGUUAUCCGUCAAACGAAAAUAUCUCAUCAGCGACGUCCUCGCCGCAACUGCUCGCAGUGACUCCGACAUCACCCUCGGGUCAUCCAUCCUAUGUCGUCCACUACUCGGUGAACGGCAAAGACUCUUCGACCACGUCUUUGUGUAACAGACGCAGUCAGCAGAACAGCGAUCAACAUUUAAAGGUUCAAAGGACAGGGUCCACCAGAUUAUCGAUAAAGAGGAGAUCUAGUAGCGUCGAUAGCGGUAGAGUUAGGACAACUAGCUCGUCCCCUACAGGCAAUGACGACGCUGCCAAUAAGAAUAAAUUGAUAACAAAGAAAAUGGGAAAGAGAAACAUUAAAGCUCAGGUGAAACGAUUUCGCAUGGAAACCAAAGCCGCCAAAACCCUGGGCAUCAUAGUCGGGGGUUUUAUAUUUUGCUGGCUGCCGUUUUUUACGAUGUACCUGGUCAGGGCAUUUUGCGCCAGUUGCAUUCAUCCAUUAGUCUUUUCGAUCCUGUUUUGGUUGGGUUACUGCAACAGCGCGAUAAAUCCCCUCAUUUACGCUCUCUUCUCGAAAGACUUCCGAUUCGCUUUCAAGAGGAUCAUUUGUAAAUGUUUCUGCACGCGGCGAGGAUCGCAAAGUUCCAGGAGAGGAUCCGACGGAUCGCAGUUACAGGGUCGACAGUUUCGUUCGCCGAGCUAUAACGUCCAGGCUCACGGGAACUCCUUGGGCGAGGAGAGUGAUCCCGGCGGAGAUCCUUCCGAUUCGAGGUGACACAACGGCAAGAGGCGCGGCAAAAGCGUACUAGUGGAAAAAGACAACGUCUUCAAAUUGGCCAUGAGCGUGGCCAUCGGGUGACAAUUGGAGAACCUAAAGAGAAACAUGGGUGAUAAAAAUGAAACUCAAAGUUAGUCAUACGUAGAACAAAGUACGAUGUAGGCAUAUUAUUAUUAUUAUGACUUACAGACUGGUCAAUAAAUAUCUCGCACGCGUUUAUUUAUUAUUUUCGUAACUUUACCACCACAGUCACGAAAAUAACUCCCAAAUGAGAUCUGUAUAGGACAAGACUUUUUUUUGAAAUAUAUUAUACUUUUAGCUUGAAUUAAACUACCUAAUCGAGGAAGUUUCAUCGCAAUCUCUCUCGUUUUCCACUCCCAUUCUUAUCCGACAUUUUAUCAUCUUCGCGUUAUAUCGGCGGAUUGCGAAAAAAGACGAUCCCAAAAUCCCAUAUAAGCUAUUUAGAAGUAAUUAUUGUACGUAAUACCGGCUCUCGUGGAAACUACUAACUGAGCUAUAUAGAUUCCGGGAAGAGGCGACGCGCAAUUCUGCUCGGACGUCUGGGGAAAACAAGUCCGGCUUACCUUACCAUUAAUCUUCUCAAAGCAGAAUCGAAAUCCAUCCGCAUUAUUUCGUGACAUUUUCGGAAUACAAUUUGUUUUUCUUCCAAAUUCGCCAUUGAGUGCAGAAAAUUCCGAGUCUAUCCCGGAAUUUGUCGCGUCAACGCCAACAUACGCUUGUUUCGGCGAUAUUCACUUGAUAGUUUGAGAAAUAUGUAUCAUUCGUUCAUUCACAAAAUAUUCGGGCAAGGUUUGUUGCUUUUCACUUCACUUCACUUCACUUUUCAGUAGAAAAGCGAUUUGUAUUUACCAUACGAUUAUCCUAACCUCCAUUUUCGCAGUUAGGAAAGUAAAUUGUAUAAACGUGAGGAGUACCCAAAAAUAUAGUUACUAUAACCGUUUGUUCUUUUCGAAUGGAAAUUAAGGUCUCAUUUGCGGUGAAACACUCUGUAUCACCAACGUUCUUUGAAAGCCUAAUGUUCUCCUCUACAAAUCAUAUAAUUCUUAAAACCUUUCAUAAUGAGAAACAUUAACUUUGUUAGAUUCAGAACAUUAUGAUAGGAACUACUAAAUCAAGUUCUGAUUUCUUAUCAAUGUAUGAUGUCUAAUUGUCUAAAGUUUACAUCUUGUGUGCUUUAAAUUAAUUUUUCUUUGACGAAAGAGUCUUAUUUUCCACCAGUUUGUUGUUAAAACUGAUUUAGAGAUGAAGAAUGUCAGUUAACUAAUUGCCUUUUUAUUUAAUUUAUUGUAACACAACAUAUUUAAUUUGAUAUUUACAUGAAUAUACCUUAUCAUCAACUUUGUCACAAACGGGGACGCUAAAAAUAAUAAAUAAUAAUAAUAAUAAUAAUAGACACUAAUGAAAUAUCAAGUGUCAUUGGAAAAGAGAUAAAUAUAUGGGAAGGAUAAAAUGGGGGUUUUGAACAAAAAUGUUAACAACAAUGUUGACAGAAUUACCAUUUUUACGUGAAACUUACAAUAUUGCAUACAUAUAUUCUUAUCGCAAUAAAUUGGGCGCCUCGAAUUGAUUAAGGUCUCUUAACUUCAAAAGCAUUUUUCAGAAAAAGUACCAGAAAUGAUAAAAUUCUAUACCUGGGGUUUUUUGAAAAUGCAGAAUUCAAAAAUUCUAAAAGCAAUGUUGUCAGAUUUCGAAACACUAAAAUUUCCUUUGUCCAAAAUUCAGUAAUUUUUUCAUUAACAGUGGUAAAUCUGACAACAAUGCUGUUAGCAUUUUUUAAUGCUGUAUCUUCAAAACUCUCCGGAUCCUAAAUUUUCUAGUUCCAUCUUAGGCAAUUUUUGGAGAUAUUUAAUCUUUCCGGUACUUUUUACUAACCCGGUAUAUUAUGGUAAUCCUAUAGGAUUUAUUAGGUCAUAUUUUUUGUCAUGUAUCUAACAAAAUUCAUACAUUAGUUUAGCUCCUUUUGUUAUUAUUAUAAUUAUACAUUUUUCUAAAUGCUGAAGAUCAUGCUUCCAAAUCAGUAUCGGGGAUACUGGGUGGUUCAUUUCAAAUAAACUUGCAAUCUGCAUCAAAAAUAGUUGUUUUUCCCGUAAAUUUAGUAAAAAAAUCAUAAGUGGCAACAACGUAAACAAAAACUUGAACUGAUACUUCGUAAAUUGUAUUUUGUGACAGUUUCGGGGUACACGUUUGUCGUCGGAAUCCGGUAUCGAGUGUGGCAAAUUCCAUUCUUUAUCCCGGAAUUUGUUUCGUUGGUAAAGUCCGGAUGGUCCCACCAAAAAAUUUCGACCGUUUCUAAAAUCAAACAAACCGCAUAAACCGUUCGGAAAAUCGAUGCGAGGGUGGUAUUAUUUAUUGACCUGGUCUGACGUCGCAUGCCAAAGUUUUUGUCAUAUCAAAGCACCGUUCUAAAUAUAUAUUUUCCCCCGAACGUCAAAGUUAUCCUUGUUGCAUGCCGGUUGCUGAAUAAUUUAACCGGUCGAUUAACUAUUGACGGAUUUAAUUGGAUUAUUAUUAGUGCGGUGCAGCGAAUUUGCGUCAAUAUUCCGAUUUAAAGAUUAACAAAUAAUUCAAGUUUAACUAGAUGCACGAUAUAAACAGAACGUCUUGAUCGUGUAAAGAAUAUGAAAUAGAGUUUGAAGCCCAAAUCUGCAAUGUUAAUUUAUUCAAUAUGAUAUUGUUUCUCGCAAGAUAUGGUUUAUAAGCAACUGUCUGGUCCAGGAAAGCCAGUAAAAGCGGCAACAUAAACAUGCAAUUGUGUUUUAAAAAUACCAUGAGAUAAAAUAUUAGGUAUACAGUUCUCAUCCCUUCGAAUUGCUAAUUGAAUAUUAACACUUUUCCCCAGAUUUUACUAAAAGUUUUAAUUCAAAAGCAAAUACGAUUAGUAGAGUGGUUGUUUGUAGGAAAUAUUAUUGUAUGCUUCCCCAACACUGAUUCUCAAAGUUCUAUGCAAUAAAUCAUUUUGAAUCAGUAUAAUCUUAGUCUAUAUGUUCUCUUCAUUACAAAAAUAUUUUCUUUCUUAGUUCUUCUUUUUCUCUUCUUCUUCAUUCCUUUUUUUUUUCGAUUAGCGUUAAGGAAUGCAAAUAAGGUAAUUGAAAAAUCCAUUAAUAAAAUCAACCACCUUAAUUUUCGUGUUUUUUAAUAUUUUUUUCUUAUUUUAUUACUUUCCCUCCUUCUUUCUAACAGCGUAAAAAACACAAAACACAAAAGGAGUACAUAGGGAAAUAAUUUUAAUGUCGUUUUUAUUUUUAAUUUCAUCAUAUAGAAUUAUCUAUUUUACACUACAUACUUAGUUAACACCCUGUAAAUGAUAAUGAUUCAGUCACUUUCGGGAUUCCCAAUCCUAAUCUAAACAAAACCUUCAGGGAAUAAAACACUUACGAAAAUAGAUCUCAUCGAUAUCUCAAUAAAUAUUUCCCUUAUCGCCUCUAGACGUUACAUUUUCCAUUCCUACACCCAAAAUCGAUUUUGCCGGCAAACGACAGCUGAAUAUCAGAAAUGCGUUUCGUGUUCGAGGGAAUCAUUGAGGAAACCUCACAUAUGAGCACACGAACAAACAAUAUUCACUUUUAGAGGGAAAGGCGCUCUCGGAAAAUCCCAAAGAAAGGCGAAAGCAAACAAUGCCUUUAACUCCCUAAAAACUAAGCAAUUGUGGUCGCGCAAAUAAAAUCUAAAAAGGGAUCCAUCGGAAUGCGGUAAUAAAAUUGAACCUAGUAUGUCUGUUGAGAAUUUUGUCGGGAAUUUUAUUUUGAAUGCGCGGCGGCGUUUUCCGUUUUCCUUGUUCCGGGAAGGGCUACGACAAAAGUUUUCGGGGAUCGGUUCAAAUUUCUGGCUAUUUUAUUGGGACAGAAUAAACAAAUUAAAAAAAAGUCAAAUUAGAAAAUAAAUAAAAAAGGAGACUCCACAUUAAGCGAUAAUUAUAGACCUAUAAUAAUAGCAAGUUGCUUAUCUAAAAUAUUAGAGAAGGCAGUGUACAACCGAAUUCGGCAUUUCUUGAAACACGAAAAAAUAAUUUCAAACGUGCGAAAUGGUUUCCGCGAAUGGUGCUCGACGGGAACGGGCACAAUCGACUAAUUAAAUUUGAAUAUAAUGUCGGAAAAGCUGGAACCCUUAGGCAUAAGAGGGCCUAUUAAUAAUUGAACAUGUCGUAUAUGAAUCAAAGAAAAAUAAGUGUAAAAGUAAACGCAACAUAUUCGGAUCCAUAUGAUGUUAACUUAGGCACAACUUAUGGGGGCAUUUUGCGGCCAUUACUUUUUCUCCUAUACUCUUUAACAGUAACUGUCGAGGUAGUGACGCGCAGGAGCUGAUAAAUAAUGUCUCUGUUGCUGUUGAACAGUUUAAUAAAUUUUGCAAGCAAAAUCAUCUAAUCAUAAAUUUAGAGACUUUAGAGAGAUUUAGGGGAUAGUACCUUUUUACAUGUUUUUUUUAGUUUCUCUGGAACGUCCUUAGGAAAAAUUCAGAGCACAAGAUUUCUUUGCUCCUACUUAUGCACCAUUGAGGUGGGAUCAGGACAUAAAUAGUGUUUGUAGUAAACUAAAUAAAAUAUUCUUUGCCAUAUUAACAAUUAGAGACUCAUUUCUUGAGAGAUCACUAUUAGUCUUUUAUUAUGCUUCGGCAUACUCCUCAAUUUCUUACAACAUUGUGAACUGGGGGCAAGCUAAUGAUGAAGAGGUGUUUAUACAGCAGAAAAGAAUACUUAGGGUAAUUUUUAAACUUUCUCCGAAACAGUCUUGGAAAGAAAUAUUUCAGAAACACAAAAUGAUGACGGUUCCUUGUAUAUACCUGUUUGAAUCACUGCUAGUUGCACACAUAUACAUUUACAUAAGAAACACAUUGAUAACCAUUGUCACUACACUCGCAACAGAGAAAAUCUCUUAAAGCCUAAACUGAAUCACAUGUUUUGUAGAAGAUCUUUAGGCUAUGCAGGGCUACACUAUUAUAAUAUGCUCCCGUCUACCGUUUACCAAGCAAUUUAAGAAACAUAUGAUGCAUCUGACAACCAAUGCUUUUUAUAGUCCAAGUGAAUUCGAAACGCAUGUUCAAUAAUAAGUGUUUGUAAUGUUAUAUUGAUGUAUUUGUAUUGUUUAUUAUGUACUCCUGCUCUGGAACAGUUAAUUACCUCACUAUAGGCAAGGAACGAAGAGAAAAUGAAUAUUGCCAGAAGCUUAUUCUCAUGGAAUAUCUAGCACAACGUCAUGAAUGGUUUAAAUAGUUCUUGAAUAUAUUGUUACAUGAUUUGUUUGAAAGAUGUGAUUCCAAACUAACAGUUUUUCAGAAAAAAAAAAUUAUUUUAAACAAUUUGUAAUACAAAACGUUAGUGAAAGGUAUACAGAAAACAGUUUUUGUCAGCAAUAUUUCUAAAUUUUUAGCAAAAGGGUUUUCGGUAUUGAAGUUUAUGCCGUAACAAAGACUUUUUUUUAACAAUGGCGUUAUGCAAAAGUAUUAAAUUAUUGUAAAAAAUAUACUAUAAACACAGUAUUUAUUAAAAUUGCUUUAACUUUUAUGAAUGUAUAACAAACAUUAAAUAUUUUACAGUGAUUAUUUCUCACAUGUGACCUUUAUGGACUUUUUUUAUUUUUCAAGGAAGGCACUUAAUAAUAAUAACUAAACGUUUGUUAAAAUAGUUGAACGUAUUAAAUAAGAAGCUAAACUAUUUUCUACUCACUUUUUCCUAUAUUAUGAUUAAAUACAUUAUUUAAUUGUUUAUUUAAUUUUCUUACAUAAUAACUAGGAUACAACCAGAUGUUUGUCCAUGAUAUGACAACUUCUCAAAUUAAAAAAAUUAUCAUGGAUAGAAUAAAAUUUCUUUAACUUGGACGAAAUAUUUCUGAAACUUCUUCAGAAAAUAUUAAUAUAUUAUACGAGGUUGUUUAUAUUUGACAAUUUGUACAAAUUUGCUUUUCGCCAUUUUCCGCUACAACUUAUAUGGACCCUGGCACAGUAAUCAAAUUAUAAAUAGUCAGAUACUCGUAACAAAAUAAAUAAACAUAUUUCUAGACGGUUCGUUGUCAUAAAUUUGUGUUGAAAACCAGCUCCAUUAUAGUUUGUUUGAAUACAACAAGCUAAUAUUUUUAUUUUUGAAAAUAGAAACUUUAAAGUAUAUUCUAUCGUCUUGGCCUUUAGAGGCAAUUAUCGAAAUAACGUGCCAACGGCAAUAAACCACCUGACCAGCCAGUAUUGUAGAACACAGCAUCAGAGAGGCACUUUUAAAGUAUCUUAAAAACAUAGUGGAACAAAAAUUUGGUGUUUUCUGUAGAAGGCAGCUGUGAUGGCUUGCGUUAUCUAUUACAAUUACACUGUCGUCUGCAAUAUCUUUUUAAAUAAAAUUUUGAAACCAGUUGACAAAAACUUUCUGCACUAGAGUUCUUAGUAUUCUUCGCAGACAACAGCAAGAACUUAACAGUUUAAUUUAUGGUGAUCCAUGAGCUGUUUUUGUCUGACAGUUUUUAGAGACAUCAACCCAUCCUUUGGAUACUGUAUCUGGUAUAUCGAAUGAAGUUUAAACUGUGUAAAUUAUUUAAGGUCCUGAAGAUAACACAAUGCAGAAUCUGUGCGAUGUCACUACCACUUGUUUUUUUAUCCAUUUUGCGGAAUUUAAAUCCCAUUUAAACACAAACUCUAUCAAGGAUUGCACUACUAAUAAUAUAUUAGUUUCAUCUUCUUCUAACUUCCUUUUUAGGUUAUCCUUCUUACUUGCCUAUUAUCCAGACGGUUUGAUUAAAAAUCGCAACGUUUUUAUAAUAAAUAUCCUUUAUCGAAGAUAUUGUCGUUAUUGCAGGUUUCUUUUCAAUUUUCUUGUUUAAUGAAUCCUCUACUAAUUAAACAUCGACACACAUUUUCGUACUUUGUUUUGUGUCUAAUUGCAAGUGAUUUCGAUAUGACAUAACAGAAGAGUUGGUGAAAUACUCCUAAGACUGAAACCUCACUUGUCGCUUUCGUAUGAAUAAAUUAUUCGGUGUGGGAUUUGCCCAGUGCAAUAGCCAUGACAGUCUGAAUUACUUUUUGGCGGAAGAUCUGCCAAAAGUCAAGAUACUUUGAGCGACAUUUUACCUUCAUUUUACGAAAGUCGUGGAAAACUGUUUGGACCCCCGGAGAUAUUCUACACGCUUUUAAACCUCUAGAAAAUCACGGGUCUCUGGUCGAAAAUAAAACAGCCUAACACCAGAAGGGACGCUGCGAAUUUAGUCGCAAAUUUGUCCCGAUUUAUGUUAAAUUUACACAGUCUUGCAGCACUUUUGUUUGCAUUUUUUUUUUACAAAACGGGAUUUUUCAGCAGAUGUUUCGCGACCCUCUCGCGUUUCCGCGCCUCAUUAAAGUUUUACAGCAUUAAUUAUUGUUCCGUACCGGGUUUACUUUUUGCAUUUGGGUUUAAAUCACUAGGAUUUAGACCCCGGCGAAACAUAAAACGGCAGAGUUCCGCAACUCGGUACGGUGAUAAGCUUCACCUGCCCCAAACUUUCCCGACCCACUAAUCCCCACGAUUCUUAAUGUUUCCAUUUUUACGAGUUAAAAGUUGAAAUUUAAAUGGACAACAGACGUAACCGAAUAUAGGGGUGUCGAUAAUAGGGGUGGGGAGAAAAAUAUCGUGGAGUGAGAGAUCAACUUAAACCAAGAUCCAAUAGGUUACCUUACGCUUCCAUGCAAGUACCAGUGGAUGACGUCAGUGGGCGACCCAAAUCCAAAGCACAUAUCUACACUCUCUUUUUAACUGUUUUUAAUACGCGUUGUGCUGUUUUUUCUUGCUAACAUAAUAGUAAUUUUAGUAGUAUGCAUUGUGUGUCCUGUUACGUACCGAAAGCAACAGAAUCUCUAUUUGUCUCUACUAGACGAUUUAUUACCAAAACAAAACAAAUUUUGUUUAAACUGCCCGUUAGGUAACAAAAAUACCCACUUCAACAUCGCAUGUCUAUUGUUUUUGGACAGAUAUAUCUGUCAAAGUGACAGGGUAUCAUUAAAACGUGAGCAAUAGGUUUCUCUUUUCUGAAGAGUGUUGCUGCUUUAUAGUUCCUGCAGAAAAGAAAAGAUGUUUUAUUUUUUGUCAAAAUAUGAUGAAGUACAUACAUCAAAUACAUACAUACAUCAAAUUCAGCAUCACUGCUUUUCAUGGUAAUUUUGAUGUUCUUUAGAGAUGCUCUAUGCCUAUCGGAAAAUUUGGAGGACUUAGAUCGCUCUUUCAGUGUACACAUGCUUUUAACCGCGAAGAUUUAGAUCAGUCUUUCAAGGGUUAACUAUAGAAGAAGUAAUAAUAAUCGCAUUCUGAAUUAUUUUGGCUUUAUAAUCUUGACUUUCGAUAUUUUAUUUUCUUUCGUUUGCCCUUAAUUUAAAUAGAGCCUUUAGAAUAGUAUUUUAAUUUAAGAAAAAUAUUUCACAUAAUAGGCCAAUUGGCUGUCUACUUUUUGUUCCUCUCAUUUUCUCGAAAUGUGGUAUCCCCUUUGCUCGUAGUUACUUUCAGCUAGAAAAUACCGAUCACACACAUUCUAUAUAUAAAUAUUUUAUUUAGAGAAUAAUGAAGUUAUACAAGACCAGAAUAACAAAUUCAGGCAACAUCAUGUGCGUGUUAAGGCACAGAUCUUAGACUCCCGAAGACAGACGGAUCUCAUUACUCAACUACCUUAUGAUUUAUGUAUUUGAAAUGACCUGUGGACUCAAAACAACCAUUUUCUUUUCAUCAAUAAGAAUGUCCUUUCACGUCUUUGUUAAAAUUUACUUAGUGAAGUUUCUAUUGUAUGGUUUUUCUUAUGUGUGGUUUAAUGUUUAAUGUUGUUAGCGUUAAUGCAACAAACUGUGAUCGCAAUAACGGCGUCAAUCCUAUCAAACCAAUAGCGACACAAGCCAAACUGCAAAUGCUUCAGCCAGGUGACCAACCUACUGUGUUUUAGGAUCUUGAUUUAAAACGGCAAUUUUGCAAGGCCAUUUUCCUCUUCUACCGUAUUGACGUUGCGAUUUUAAAAGACACUAUCUACUUUUUUUUAGCUUAUUCUAGAAUACUGCUUCUAAUAUGCCACAGUUGUCUUAUAGAUAAUUUAAAAAUAAAACUAAUUCUUUUGGUGAAGUUAUUGGCGAUGUAAAAAAUGCGACACACCGUAUAGCAGCUGUAGUGCGAAGGAUAUACAAAAUACAAAGGUCAGUUUUGAAUAGUUAUCUAUUCGAACUAAAGUCACGUUGCCAAAUUGACCUCAGAAUAAUGAGUUUCAAGGAUCUAUUGUUCUAAAAUCCCUGCUGACUGAUCCAUAUGAAUAUUUUCGAUAAUAACUUUUCUCAAAAUUUCGGAUUUAGGGUAAAUAUUAUACCAAGACGCAUUUAGGACCUUUCUAGUCGUUAUCAUCUGGAUACCAAGUUAAUGACUAAAAGCUUUGGCAUUAAGUAUAUCAUGUAUAUUAUCGUUGUAUUGCUAUUUCGGAGAGGGAAAGAUUAACGACUUAUCUAAAUAUUAAUUUUAAUGCUAUCAGAUUACAUAUUAUAUAUUACAUAUUAUAUCGAUACCUGAGUUCCGGAAGGCGAAUAGUGUACGCUUUAAGGAACAACGGAGUGAAUCCAUUUGCUGCGAUUAAAAGUGCUUUGCACCAGAUGAUGUUUUUUUGUUUGAGGAUAAUGUUAUUCUCCAAUUCUCAUUUGUUUUCCUAAUUAUAAUCGAAAUGUUUGAGAUUGAUCGUGGGGUUGUACAUAAACCUGAGUAAAUGAAAACCUGUUGUAUCUGAUUCUUGGAUUGUUUUUUAUGUUGUUUUAUUAUUGUUAUUUAUAUAGUUUUACGUAAAUUGAUCUCGUCUAUUUAUACUUAACUACGCUCGGCAAGGUGAUUCAUAAUUAAAUUAAAAAUAAUUUGAAGCCAUGAGUAGAUUUUAACAAAAACAUUUUAUAAUUUUGU